AUCAGUGCGGGGAGGACAAACUGUACGCCGGCAGGAGCGCGCUGCUCGCUUCCAGUGGUCAUAGUCGCGUGGACGUGGACGUGGACGCGGAGAUGGGGGACGAGGGGAAGAGGAAGAAGGACAAAAAGUCGUCCAAGGACGACAGAGUCGCUCUCAAGAAGGAGAUCGGACUUUGGAGCGCGUGCGCGAUCAUCAUCGGGAACAUCAUCGGCUCGGGCAUCUUUGUGUCCCCUAAAGGAGUCCUGGAACAUGCCGGCUCGGUGGGCCUGUCGCUCAUCGUCUGGGUGUGCGGGGGCGGGAUCUGCGUCCUGGGCUCCAUGUGCUACGCCGAACUGGGCGUCACCAUACCCAAGUCCGGGGGAGACUACUCCUACGUGACCGAGAUCUUCGGAGGACUUGUCGGCUUCCUGUUGCUGUGGAGCGCCGUGCUCAUCAUGUAUCCCACCACGCUGGCCGUCAUCGCCCUCACCUUCGCCAACUACGUGCUGCAUCCCGCCUUCCAGAACUGCCUGCCACCCUACGCCGCCACCCGACUGCUGGCCACCAUCUGCGUGUUGUUCUUAACCUGGGUGAACUGCUCCAGUGUGCGCUGGGCCACAAGGAUCCAGGACGUGUUCACCGUGGGUAAGCUGCUCGCCCUGGGUCUCAUCAUCGUGGUUGGACUGGUUCAAAUCGGCCGAGGCUACUAUGACGCCCUGGUGCCCAGCGCGGCCUUCGAGUUCCACCAGGACCCGUCCGUGGGUCAGAUCGCGCUGGCCUUCCUGCAGGCCUCCUUCGCUUACAGCGGCUGGAACUUCCUCAAUUACGUGACGGAGGAAAUCGUGAACCCGCGCACGAACCUGCCGCGGGCCAUCUACAUCUCCAUCCCCUUGGUGACGCUGGUCUACACCAUGACCAACAUCGCCUACUUCUCCGCCAUGACCCCGGAAGAGCUGCUGGCGUCCAACGCGGUGGCGGUGACCUUUGGAGAAAAGUUGCUGGGGGUGUUCUCCUGGAUGAUGCCCAUCUCCGUGGCUCUGUCCACCUUUGGCGGCAUCAACGGAUACCUGUUCACCUCGUCCAGGUUGUGUUUCUCGGGGGCCCGAGAAGGUCACCUGCCUUACCUGUUGGCCAUGAUCCACCUGAAGAACUGCACGCCCAUCCCCGCCCUGCUGGUCUGCUGCUUCGCCACCAUCCUCAUCUUGUGUAUCGGGGAGACGCACAACCUGAUCAACUACGUCUCCUUCAUCAACUACCUGUCCUACGGCGUCACCAUCGCCGCCCUCCUCUACCUCCGCAAGAAGAGACCCAGCCUGGCGCGACCCAUCAAGGUGAACCUGCUGAUCCCGAUCAGCUACAUGGUGUUCUGGGCCGUACUUCUGUGCUUCAGUCUGUACUCUGAACCCGUAGUCUGCGGUCUGGGGAUGGUCAUCGUGCUGACCGGUGUCCCCGUCUACUUUGUGGGCGUUUGGUGGAAGAACAAACCCAAGUGGAUCUUCAGGCUGACAGAGAAAAUCACCUACCUGGGCCAGAAGGCGUGCUACGUCAUGUUCCCUCAGGAGGACCCUGCAGAGGCCCAGCCCCUCACUUCCUCCAAAGCCACGGACUGAGCAGGACAGUUUCCAGUUGAAAUAUGCUAACGAUCUACAUCACACUUCAACACAUCAACACGGACAAUGCCGUCCUAUCUCCCAAUUUGAUCCGACUUGAAGUCCUGACCUCGGGUCCCAGAGCCAAGUCCUUACAGGAUCAGCUAUGCACUCCGGACGAUCACAAGCGUCUUGACUCAACCUUUUUUUUUUUUUUUUUUACACGUUUUUAAACCGGUGUUUUUUUAUGCAUUUGGGACUCGGGUCUACACUAAAACUCUUUUGUUUUUGGAAAACCUGAGCCAGGGUGAAGACUUGAAAAUGUUGUCCAGCAUGCGGUCUACAGGUCCACCCUCACAUAGCUUGUGUAGUUCUUGUGCCUUUUCCUUCAAAAUGACUUUCUCCCGGUUUCCUAUUGGCCGACGUCGCCUCACAUGGUCACGGCGCCACCUGUUGCAAAUCCAUUUAGUACGUGGACUGGAAUUUUUAAAACAUGAGUCCGCCUGGGUCAGGUGCGGUUUUUCACCACCAGGUCGACUACCAACUGCCACUUUAAUUCUAGUGUGCCUUAAUAUGAGACGUGGGUCAUAUUGUGAAUUAGUUUUUUUUUCCUCAUUCUUGUGAGCAUCCUGUGGGUAACUGAAGCGUUAAGGAACGGGGCUUGGUUAAUGUAUCCAGGACUAAACAACCACCAGGUAGCAUCCGUCAGCAGAUAAUACUCUACGUCUUCACACAAAAGAAACAAAUCAUUAAAUAACAAAUACCGUAUUUCCUUGCGCCUGCUCAUUUAGCCAAAUAAUUAGCAUAUACCUGGAAUUUCCACCGGGUCAAACACGUCACGUCACGAGUGACACUUCACCUGUCAUCAUUUUCAAAAUGGAGGAGGCUGAUUUCAAUCAUUUGAAAUUGCAUGAAGGGCAGAAUAUUAAGAGCUAUUCAGUAGGAUUUAAGGUCCAAGCUAUUGAAUAUGCUAAAAAGAACAGUAAGCAGCUAUGUUUUAUCCAUAUACAGUAGCUGCGUGUGUCAAAUUCCCGCCUCCUGGUGGUAGAGGGCGCUAGUGAUCCUUCUUGCGACUACUCGGCUGCAGAAGAAGUGACAACAAGCGGCAAGAGUGAGCAGCGAUCGUUUAGUUUUUUCCUCUCGCUUGCACUUUUAACAUGGAGGAUUACAUAUCUAAAAUAAAACAGUUUUCUAAACUGGACUUUCAAUGGAAGCAGGAGCUAAUAGACGAAGAUCUCCAUCAAGACAGACAAUUUUAAAACUGAAGAAAGAUAAGGAAGACUUCUAUAAACAAGUUAUCGAUCGUUUUGAUCAGAAGGAGCUGCGCAUGGACUUCAUUUAUAGUGAAGUGAAGUGAAUUAUAUUUAUAUAGCGCUUUUCUCUAGUGACUCAAAGCACUUUACAUAGUGAAACCCAAUAUCUAAGUUACAUUUUUAAACCAGUGUGGGUGGCACUGGGAGCAGGUGGGUAAAGUGUCUUGCCCAAGGACACAACGGCAGUGACUAGGAUGGCGGAAGCGGGAAUUGAACCUGCAACCCUCAAGUUGCUGACACGGCCGCUCUACCAACCGAGCUAUGCCGGUGAAUUAUAUUUAUAUAGCGCUUUUUCUCUAGUGACUCAAAGCGCUUUACAUAGUGAAACCCCAAUAUCUAAGUUACAUUCAAACCAGUGUGGGUGGCACUGGGAGCAGGUGGGUAAAGUGUCUUGCCCAAGGACACAACGGCAGUGACUAGGAUGGCGGAAGCGGGAAUCGAACCUGCAACCCUCACGUUGCUGACACGGCCACUCUACCAACCGAGCUAAACCGCCCCACAAGUAAAGGUAAGACCAUAACGUUUUUUUUUUAAUUAAAUCUGCUUUUCAUGAUGUAUCCUUACAUCACACUCAAAUUUAUAAGCGCAGGCCUAAAUUUACCGCAUGCCUUUGGUAAGCGCCGGAGUGAGAAGAGGCUUUAAAUUAAUUAGCGCCCCGGUGGAAAUGCAAGGAAAUACGGUCAACAUAUUGAUAAUAAUAAGUAUGGAGUUUACGCUAAAUAAAAAUAGCCUUUUUGUUGACAUAUUUGUAUUCAUGCUAGGGGAACAAAAGAAAUAUUAGCAUGUUGCUACGCUGUCACACUUCAAUACUACGUUUACGCGGAUCCAGGGGUGUUCAAGGCGGGGCCCGAAACUCAUCUUUUAAUGGUUAGCAUUCUAAUGAUAGCACGCUAGUUGUUUUUGCUCGUUUUGAAGGUCAUAAACAUUGUUACUCGACAAAAACAUACCCGUUAAUGCUAGCCUUGGUAUGCUAGCUUUUUUUUGUUCAGCUUUUGUUGGUUGCAUUUGGGUUCUUGGUGCAUGCUAACAGUUGCGGGCUAGGUACACACUUCAGAGUAUUCUACUAUGGUACUUGACGCAUGUUGCAGCUAGCAUGUUAGCAUGCUAUGCUACCUUUUUUUGCAGCUUUUUUUAACUGGUAUGCAAAUCAGUGUCGUAUAUUUUAGUAUUUCACAAAUGCUAACUGUAAGCAUGCUAUUGUUAGCAUGAUUUUUUUAAGCUCAAUUUGUUGUUUCUUCUGUUACUUGAUGCUAUCUGGGCAGUGUGCUAACUGUUAGCGUUUCAGUUUCUAAGGAAACAACUUUUUGUAGUUCUCUGGAAGACAAAAGGAUCUAUUUUCCUAGCUUUGAAGGCGAAAACUACCAAAUUGGCCCCUGCUCUCUUUGAUCUGUGGCCCUCAGUGGCAGCCCUGUGUCAAUCUUUAGUGCAUGGACUUAGCGUGUCGCCAUGGAAACGUGACAUCUUCCUCUCUGAUGGGUGCUCAGCGUGAAUGUACUGUACUGUACUAUAUUUUGUCAGGAAAAACCACUGAGGGACCAACAAAUCCUGGCAACAUUUGGCAGAAAAGUUGACCCAAAGACACUUUUUCCGCACUCCUGCUUUGGAGUGGGGAUGUUUAUAAAACAAUGUUGCAGCUAACAGUAGCUCCUAUUUUUUUGUUCUUGUUUUUGCCUCAAAGUUCUUAGCACUUGUCAAUAAAGGAAAUGCUCAGUUA